CAAACGUUGCGUGUCAAACAAACAAUAGGCCAUUCGUGUCGCAGAACGCACCACAUUUCUGCAAUCAUUAGGUAUAAAAAAAUAUUUAUAUUUUUUUACACACUAACCUCCCAUACAUAUGUAUGUAUGAAUGUACAUAUUUAUGUAGGGAACUGCCUUCUGUUAAAUCGGCGGUCUGAAAACAAAUACCCCCUGCUGCAUUUAACUGAAUCAAUCAGCGUGAAAACCGUGUCGAAGUCAUCAUCAUUGAUGGACGUACUAGUUUAAAGUUUAAUGUUUGUCAAUUCAGUUGUUAGUCGGCAAUUUUACACACCGGUUGCUUGCUAGCUUGUCAAAAUUAAUUAAACAAUUUUGUAUAAUAUGGCACACAUCAUUCGACUACUUUGGCACAUUUUUUUACUGUUCACAAUCUGCGUCAACCCCUUCGCAGUUGCGUCCAAUCAAGCAACAGAAAUCCGGGCACGUCCCACUAUCAAUAAUUCGUACUCUAAUAAAGCGGCUGCAGAGGUGGUGAAGGUUGUCUCAGGUACUCAGGUAAAACGUUUUGAGCGAAUGACGGUGCCUCUGGGUGGCGAAUUGAUUCAUCAUCCACUGUAUUUUGGAUACAAUUAUGUCAGCGUUGUAACACAUUGGCAAGCAUCCGCAAAAAUUUCAAUAGAAGGUGAAUCCGCCGUAAGCGGAAUGAUUACAUUUCAGCAAAUGCCCUACAAUAGCGAUCUCAAAGUGACAAUUAACAUUACUGGAUUGGCACCAGGCAAACAUGCGCUGCAUAUACAUACAUAUGGGGACAUAAGCGAGGGCUGUAAAUCCACCGGCGGACAAUUUCCUAAUAAUUUCAUCGGCAACAUUGAAACCAAAGAGGAUGGUAGCAUAUCGGCGGCUUUUCGCAGUGUAUAUCUGAAUUUGUUCGGUUUCAAUGGGAUAAUAGGGCGUUCGAUUGUUGUUCACGAGAAGCCUAUCGAUUUAAAUACGGCACUUAAUGCGGAAGUAUUCUCCAGUUCACUGCAAGCCUUGCCUGAUCCCCUGGCCUAUCAGAAUGAGGAGAACUCUGUGGGCCCGGCGAUUGCAUGUGGCGUUAUAAGUAUUACAAGCACAACAUCGGCCACAAAGACGCCCACAACGACGCCAACAACGCCACCACAGAUGUAAAGAAAAAUCAGCUUAAUUGUCUAAAGAUAUAAAAAUAACACAAAAUGGGUGUGAGAGUGUAAAUAAAAACAAUCUUUGCAAGCUUUUGUUGUGAUUU